AUGGCUGAGGAUUCUAGAGAAAAUGUGGGAGCAACAGGCUCAACUGCUUUUGCGCGUGCGCUAGAGGAAUAUAUCAACAAACCCCGAUCGGCGAGAAGCAAGACACCACAAUUUCUCAAGAAACUGCAGGAACAACAACGUUCCGGCUCAAAACUUACUGGAGAUGCCGUCAAGAAAGACCUUUUCCUUCUGGACCGCCAGGCGACAGACCGUACAGCUGCUCGUGCCGCCCGCAAGAUCUUGGGACCGGUUAUACAGGUGCUUAAUACCUACUCGGGAAUCGUCGAAACUCUAGUCUCGGCAGACCCCAUGCCUACGGCCAUCAUAUGGGGCUGCUUGAAGUCUGUGAUUGACUGCUCACAGAGGUUUCUUGAGCUCUACGAGAAAAUAUCCGAUCAGAUCAAACGCUUGAACACACACAUUACCGUGCUUACAGAAUAUGAGGAUUUAUUCGAUCACUCAGCUACGAUGCGGGAACUAUUACAAGCAUCGUACAUCGACAUCAUUCGGUUUUGGCGGAGGGUUGACAAGGAGUGUAACCGCUGCGUGGCUAAUCGUGCCUUUCGAGCGAUCGCCCCCUUCAGUACAGAAAAGCUCGAUAGCAUUAUCACGAGCGUCGGAGAUACAGCCGACAGUAUGAGUCGUCUUAUUCCUGCCGUUCAGGAGCGUCUAGACAGAGGAGAGCGAGAAAAUGCAGCCGAGGAGCGUCGGCUUGCCGGUAUCGCGCGAGAAGAACAAGCGGCGCUUUUCCAAAUGUAUGCCGAAGAGAUGGAAAAACGGAAAGAAGAGAGGAGACUACAGAGGCAGGAGGAUGUACGAAAGUGGUUGCGGGACGGGACUAUGCCGCUAAAUGGGAGCAACUUUCGCCAUCGUGACAGCAAGCUGGCGCAACGAAACCCAGGCACUUGUGAUUGGGUAUUUGAGCAUGCGACAUUGAAAAAUUGGAUGGAAAAAGACAGCCCAGCCUCUCAGGUAUGGGUAAAGGCAUCUCCUGGAGCUGGGAAGUCAGUAUUGACUGCAUAUGCUGUUGAAAAGCUGGAAGCGACCAGUGCAGAAAAUGCUGCCGUCAUAUACCAUUACUUUACUUUUGAUGAAGAAUUUCCGGCCUUAAUGGUCUAUCGCUGCCUUGCAGAGCAGCUUGUCAACCGACUGGGUAAACAGACCGGCGACAUGCCGAAGGACAUCCACAAAUUUACCCAGGAAGGUGCUACAACUGCUAAUGCUGAAGAUGUCAAGCAAGUGAUCAGAAUGCUUCUGGAAGAAAUGGCGGUUACCUACAUCUUUUUGGACGGACUCGAUGAGGAGUGCGAGACAGAGAACAGAAAGAAAGAGCUUUGCAAAGUAUUGAAUUUCUUUGGGGAGCUGAGCCGUGCUAUGCCAAGUCGCCUGCGCAUUUGGUACAGUUCUCAGCACCGCACGUGUCUCGAUGCUCCCCUCAGCAGCCUCCCAUCUAUUGAGAUUACGAAGGACUUGAAUAGUUGCGACAUCGAACUUUAUCUACUAGACAAGAUCGAGGACCUGAAGAGCCUCGAGUUCGAUGCAGGGUACAUCAGGUUGAUCAUAGGUGAUCUGCGCGAGAAAGCCGACGGAUGCUUUUUGUGGGCUUCACUGAUGUUGGACUCUAUGUCGGAUGCUGUGACUCUUCAUAAGGUCCAAAGUAUCAUUGAGGGCGGUCUUCCCGACAGCUAUGAAAAGUACUACCAGAGAAAGAUGGACAACAUUCGGCCUUGUCUGAAGGAAUUUGUUUCGAUCAUUCUUUCCUGUAUUGUGCACGCAAAACGUCCAUUACGUCUGGAUGAGCUUUGCGAAUGCACGGCGAUGGUGAAAGGUCUUGAAGGGCAGAAUAUUGAUAGGAGCCAAAAGAUCAAGAAAAGCAAGGUAUUGGAGCUGUGCCAGCCUCUUGUCCAGAUUCAUGAAAGUGAUGGGCCAGCCGGCACCAUCUCAAUCUGCACGCUGACCCAUGGCUCGGUCAAAAGCUUUCUGCUGAAGAAUCCAGAGAUCUUGGCAAAAAACUCCAACCCACCAGCAUAUGCGCUCACAAACGAUGUUUUGGCGGACAUAUGCCGAAAAUAUCUUCUGCAGCCACGAUAUCAGCAACUUCUUACCAGGGACGGUGAAACAUUCGUCGAUUACGAGGGGGAGGACAUUUUCAACCACCAUCUUCUUUCUUAUGCCGCCAAGUAUUGGGACAAGCACCUGGAUAGCGUCGACUUUUCAUUGGAAUAUUGCCAGAAAACCUCCAGUUUAAUCAGAAGCUCGCACUUUUUCACAUUGCUGCAAGUCCAGAGCCUUUUUGUCGACGGCCAAUUUCGCUUUUGGUACAGUACUAAUCGUCCCUGGGCUGGCAGACAUAUUAGACGUGUAUUUCCUCAUUGGUUGGAUGAUAAUUGCAAUGAGCCCUUCGCAAAGGACUAUGGGUCCUUUGUGGGUGAGUGGGGGCCUUUGUUGGACCGUGAGACCAGUGUCACAGGCGCCUUCCCUGGUGAGAUUGAUAGAUGCUUUUUUGGGGCCUUGGGACCCAACAACUACCUUCACAAGGGACCCAGCCGGUACCGAAGUUUGAUGUUUACGGCGGAGGCUGAGCCGCAUAAAACCCCAAUUCGGUACUUUGAAGGGGUUGACGAAACGGGAACGUGCCUGACAGUACUCAAACUGGAAUCGAUCGAAGAAAAGCUACAAUUUUGUUGCGAGCAUUGGCGUCUGAGUGGUCGCAAGUCCGAGCUUCAAAGGACUCAAGAGCUGUUUGCAUCCGCCUCGACCUGGUCACUUUAUGAGUAUCCCUUGACGGAGCUUGUUCCGGGCCGACCUCGUCUGGUUUCAUUUACUAAAGAUUUACAAUUCAUGCGCAUUGGGUCUCAGUUGUUUAUCAAAGGCGUGGACCAUGAGUAUACGUCCCUUCCUGUGACUGAUCCAGACGAAGAUUAUUUCGAUGAAAUGGCCAGCAACAACAAUAUGGUUGCUGUGUCAACAAGACGGCAGGUCUCUAAGUCCGAUGUGAAAAUCCCAGGGGCAGUUACUGGCGAAGUGAAAAUUAUUGAUUUUGGGGACAUAGCAAUCCAAGAUCGAGAACAAAAAGUAAACGAGUUGGACCAAAGAAGUACGGCCGCCCCAACUUCAACCGCUGAUACACAGCCAACAACUACUGUCACAAAAAGCAGUGAUGACGACAGCGAUAGCGGGACCAUUGACACUGAUAUCACAUCUGAGUCUUCACUGAAGCUUGAAGACCCAGAUGAGCUUCAACCAUCGUCCGAGAGGGACAAGGCGCUGGAACUCGCAACAAAAGUGUCGGACUGUACAGACGAACUUUUGAAAAGCUCUUCCGAAUCUGCCGGGAAUUCGGCUUAUACCUCCUGGAGUGAGGGAUCCACUGACCUAGAUGAUGAGAUGGAGGACGAAGAGCAAUGGAAUGAUUGGGAUCUUGAAAAUCUGGACCAAGAAGAGCUUGACGUCGAAGAGAAGGGCAGCUUCCUCGGGAGCGACAACGAUGAUUACAGCAGCGGUGAUGAGAGGAAGAAUGCUUUGGAGCUACACGAUGAUUUGGACAGUGACCUUUGGGAGUCAGAUAAAGAGAGUGACGCAUUGGAAAAGAGAGAUGAUAUGCUACCGUCGGACUAUGAAGGUAGCGACAUUGAGAGUGUCGGUUCGUCGACGAACUACAGCGACUUUGGCAGCGAAGACGGCUCGGAAAAUGAAGACCGUGGUAUACUCGAAAACCUGAUGACCGGAAAUAAGACCACAAGCACCGAGGGGACUCGUCGCACAAGCAUUCGCGUCUACGAUGCUACCAGAAAGGAACGCAUCCCCGUAUUCCAUUUCACAUGCUUUAUCAAAGACAGGCUAUUCGACUCGCCUCCAGUGUUCCACCCAUCCAAGCCCCUUAUAGUCUGGCCACUGGGCGAUGGAGAGAUUCUGUUUGCCAACUACGAGAGGAACACCUACUUCACCCGUGGGCUAUGUCGUUCGGGCUAUGGAAGCUGCCACAUCUUCAUCAAGGCACACUUUUCGGGUGACGGGCAACAUCUGCACCUCGCGGCAUUGGAAGCUCGUGAGGCCACCAAAUCAGACAAGGAAGAAGCGUCCAUACUCCUAAGCCUACAGGUCUCGACACACCGGCUGUCCGAGCAUAAGACAGCUAAUAGCCCGCCGCGAAUGGUCUUCCGCACCACUGUUGAGCUUGGUAGCACCCCUAGGUUGUCCGUGUCCAGUCUCCCUCACUUCCUGACGUGGAGCGACACACAACUUUUCUUCACAAGCCGCAACGCAAAGCUCGACGUCCUUCGAAUUCCCCUCUUCCGUCCCGCGGGCGACAAAGUGGACCUGAAUAUUUGUUCCCUACAGAAACCCAUCUUUUUGCCACGUUCAAUCGAAGCACGAAACAUGUACUUCUUCCCAUCCCAGGGAACAACGAACAAAAUCUCACGAAAGAAAGAGACGAAGUCAGCAACGCUUAUUCUAGGUGCACAGACCUGUCUUCCAAGCCAGGGCAUAUUGGUACCCCGGCAUAUGUGCUAUCCCCCGAUCGCGGUGUUUCUGCGUGAGGACAAGGAUCUGAUCUGGGCUUGCAAGUCGUCUAAUGAUGAGGCUAGAAAGAUCAACAAUGCUUGUGGGAGGACAUUCCACUACAGGAUAUCUUCAUUUCAACCUUAUAAUUUACUAAAAAGCACACUCGGGAUUUGGUUAUCGAACUUGAAUAUAUUGCCUGCCGACUGCUCCAACCCCAGCACCGUGCGUAACAGGGAGGGCUUACUAAGAGUUCUCAUGCAAGAAAGCCUGGAAGACGAACCAAGUAAUAGAGAAAUCAGUCAUCAACUUACCAGUUCCCGAUGUUUGGGACAUGUAAAAUAUCGCUAUCUCAAAGUACAAAUUUCAGAUAGAGAAGGAGGACUGGUUCUAGUACGGAUAGAGUUUUCUACUGUAAUUUCACUGGCUGCUUUCGGCCUGCUUGGUAGUACUAAUAGAGCCUCUUCCCGCAGCUCAGGUCGCUGGGUCAACCUCGCCUCCAUCCCCACUGCCCGUCAAGAGCAUGGCCCUGUCGCCAUCACUCUUCAAGACAAUGGUACCAUGAUGGUGACCGACUUUGUUCAGCUCUACGACAUCGCCUCCACUACCUGGCGCACUGAAAACUCUGACAGCUUCAAGGUUAUAUUCCUUGAUCUCGUCAAUCCCGUUAUCUAA